AUGGGUUCUGAUUUCUGCUCAGUCCCAGCUACUUCUGUGGAUGCAGAGUGGGCAUUCUUGUUAUGGUUGUUAAGCGUAACGGGCAGUUAUGUUAAGCUUUCGAGUUCGAUCAAUCGUUUGUCUACCACAGUUCUUGUCGUUGAGACAAAGUGGAUCACUACAAUGUUCGCUUGGCCCUUAAAGCGACACGGUAGGUUCUAG